AAAAAAUCCCAAUCCCAUCACCAUCCAGAUGAUGCGUUCUCCCCGCAUCUUGAGGCGGGUACCUCCACAAUCGUCGUUUGUCCCUUAGGUGACUCCCGAGGAGGAGAGAGCGUCAGCAAGAGUGAGUGCCUGCCGCUGCUGCCGACCCGAGAAUCGCCGGUGGGUGAUCAUCGCGGCAUAGAAGCGGAAGACAUACAUUCAGGGAAUGUCGGAGGAGAAGCCGCCGGAUUGGCUGCCGGACGGAUGGAUCAUGGAGGUCCGGAGGGGGAAGAAGGGCUUCACCUAUCGAUAUUACACAUGUCCCAUAUCUGAGUACACAUUCUGUUCAAAAGAGGAAGUUAUCCACUAUCUCAACAUUGUAGCAGCUGCAUCCCAUGCAUCUGAGGAUACAGAAUGUUUUGGAGAUGAAGAUCAGCAACUUGUACAUAAAGUAAAAGAUUCACUCAAGUGGUUGCCUCGUGGGUGGAUCAUGGAGAUUAGAACUCGAAAAUUUGGUGCAGAAGCAGAAGAGAGGUACAAGUGCUACUUGCAUCAAUCGACUGGAACUGUUUUCUAUUCAAAGGAAGAAGUACUUCAGUUUAUUGAGGCAGGGAAUGCAUGUGGUCCCCCCACGUCCUCUCGGAAGAGACGCUGCAGGAAUAAAUCCGGUGACCUUGUCUUAUACCGAAUUGAAUAUUCCCCAGAUGGUUUACCUGAUGGAUGGAUCAAAGAAAUCAGAUUCAGAAGGAACAAGGAUAGGAAGAGCCCAACCAAACAGGAUGCAUAUUACACUGAUCCAGAAAGUGGAUAUGUAUUUCGAACCCUUAAGGAUUGCAUAUGCUAUAUUGAGCAUGGAGUAUUGAGUAAACAUGCCUUUAAACCAAAUAUAAACAGUGUCUGCAAGAUCCUUGCUUUCGAACAAGAUUUCCUUGAUUUAGACUCAGAUGAGAAACUGAACUCCACGGAAGAUAUUUGCAAGGAGACACCAUUUUGCAGUCCAAAAUUUGAAGUUACAAGUGCUAAUAAAAACUGAACUCCAUGAGAAUAUGGACUUUCCAUAUUUAAAAUAUGCGUCAUCUCAGU